AAAACUUCGGGUUUAUUUGUACUGUUUGUCACACAUACCUUGGAUCCGACGAGAGGAGAAGCUCGAGAUUGCGUUCUUGAAUUGCAAUGGCUGGUUAUUAUUACCAACAAAUCGGUGGGAAGAGCGACCGUACGCACGUGGAGAGAUACUUUUUCACUUGUGAGCUGACGUCCAAGGUCCCAUCCUAUACUUUUCACCCAGAGGUGGAUGAAAAUGCCGAUUUUGAGGAUCAUAUUCUGGAAGUUCGAAUGGUCUGCUUAGGCAGCAAUGCUAAGAAUGAAAACAACGUGGUGGAGCUGACAUCUCUCAACUAUGAAGGCAAAGAGCAGUCGAUACCAAUCGUUAAUCUGCAUUCAUCCUGCCUAAAUAUGGUCAGUUUGGGAGACUUUCAUUUGAAGACCCCUGUCACUUUUCGACUAAAAUCUGGCUCCGGUCCAGUCAAUAUCAGUGGAUUACAUAUAUUAAUUAUUAAAGAAGAUGAGGUAUACACCUUGGAGAAGAAUGAAGGCAAGAAAGAACAAAUUGUCCCUUUUAAGCCAGCAAAAAAUAAAACAGGACAGAUUGUCCCCAAAGUUACGCAAUAGUAGAGUUCUGGAGAUGUUCUGCAAGGCUGCUGAAAGACAGAAUUUAUAUCUGGUUUUCAUCCGAGACGCAGUUUCCUACACUAGCCAUCCCAGGACUGCAGGAGGCUCCAUGUCGAGUCUCUGCAUUUUGUGAUUUGUUGUGGUU